UCAGUCAGUGGUUAAGUGAUCUGAAGAAAACAUGAAGUUGGCUCUAGGAAUUGUGAUCGCUUGCGUUUUGGUGAUCUCUGGCUCGGGAUCCCCAACCUAUGACUGUGGAUGUCCUACUCCUACCCCACCACCUUGCGAGCCUCCAACUACCACCACAACCACUCAAGCUCCUUGUGAGCCUCCAACCACUACGGCACCUCCUUGCGAGCCUCCAACUGUCAAGAGUACAACUACAACAACUACUCGCAAACCAACAACAACCACCAAGACAACAACAACCACUCGCAAACCAACAACAACCACGACAACGACAACAACCACUCCCAAGCCAACAACCACCACGACUACAACAACUACUCCCAAACCAACAACAACCACGAAGUCAACAACAACCACGACAACAACAACCACGACGACCACAACAACGACAACAACUCCCAGGCCAACAACCACCAAGUCAACAACAACCACUCCCAAGCCAACAUCCACUCACAGGCCAACCAAAUCUACCAGGCCUACAAAAUCCACUCACAAGCCAACCAAAUCUACCAGGCCUACAAAAUCCACUCGCAAGACAACAACCACUAAGAAACCCAUUCGCACGACAACAACGACUAAGAAACCCAUUCGCACGACAACAACAACUAGGAAACCCACUCCCAAACCAUGUGGUUGCCAACCUUGUGGACCCGGUGGUAAGACCUGCGACGGCUGUGAAGAUCGUGAUAAUUUGUGCAGGAAUAUCCUGGGUAUGAUCAAGAAUCUGGAGCGCCAGGUCAGGCAGUGUGUUUGCGGUGAGCCUAAAUGGAUGAUGCAAUAAAAUAAAAAAAAAAAUGGGCUCGAGGAAACCAAAGGCUAGAGAGAGAAAUGGAUAUUCUGAACUAGGAAAAUGAACUGAUCACCGAAACGUAUUUUAAUAUUUGUUAUAUUAUAUUGUUAUUAAAUAAAACAUUUCAU